UUCGCCCCGCCCCCGUUGGGCGGUUUUCAGAUGACUGUUGGCCAGGUGUAGUUGGAACAGCUUCACUGCGCGCGCGGCUGCAGCACUACUACUGGCCACUCUCUCUUCGAUCGAGAACUGCUUUCUCGGAAGGUUGCCUAAAGUCGGGCAAAUCUUUUAAAAACAUUGUCGACAAAAUAUUUGUCUUUGCCCUCCCUCACGGCAGUAUAACUACUGAAAUAAUUUCCCGGCUAAAACCUCGUUCGGACGGUUGUCAAAAACCACUUUUUUCGCAACAGUUUCCUCCGACUGGAUUACAGCGCAGAAAACUACAAGAAUCCAACACUGGAGGAUCAUAAAUAGUUGUUUCAAUGAGAAUCUCAAUGAUGGAAUGACAGACACGUCAUUUUAGUUUUUAUAUGUUGUCAACAGGAAAAGAGGAGAAGUCUCAGACUGAAGCCGCUAAUAACGUCUUAACAGAGUUGAUCAAGUGUCAGGAAGAUAAAAACUGUCCUCAAGAGGAAACAGAAGAAGACAUUUGUAGUCCAAGUAUGAAGAGGACCGGGCUUCUCCUGGAGACCACAGCUGGAUCUCCAAGGAUGUGGUUCCUCUGUUCUGUUCUCCUCCUUCUGUGUGGUUCUGCUGAGUCCACAACACCAGAUAUACAGAUCAAAAAGAAACCUGGAGAUAACGUCACUCUGAUGUGUGAAGAUCCUGAAUACAAGAAGGACAGCUCACUUCUAGAGUGGAGAAGAAAUGAUUCUAAGAUUCUGUUUCUGUUCAAAGAUGGACGACCGUCUCCAUAUGAUCCACAUGAAUCUUUCAGGAACCGAGUGUUUCUGAAUGACAGUCAGAUGAAGGAUGGAAAUCUGUCUGUAGUUCUGAAGAACGUGACCAUGAAUGACACUGGAACAUACCAGUGUAACGUCACACAUGAAAAUAAAGAUCCUCUGAAGCUGAUCUCCACCGUCCAUCUGUCCGUGGUUCCUUCAGGAGGAUUGAGUCAUGGAGGGAUCAUUGGGAUUGUUCUGUCAGUUCUUGCUGCUGCUGUCGUUCUUGUUGUUGGUCUCUGGAACUCCAAGAAGAAAAAAGGUCCAAACCAAAGUUCCAGAGGUUCCAACAACCAGCAGGACAUUGAACUUGGUCGUCUAAACUCAGAUUCUGAUGCAGAGAGAAACAACAAACACAUAUCAGCCUCAUCUGGAUGAAGUGGGACAGAUGUUCAGAGGUUCUUCUCUGAGAAAAGAUGCAGAAGACGAGGAUGAAGAUGCUGGUCUGUCUAUAGUUCUGUUUACUUCUGCAGUCUGGUGCCUUUUUUCAGUUCAGUUUUGCCAAAUGUGGGUAAAUCUUUGAUGGUGAUCAGAUCUUUGUUUUCAUUCUCUGAUCCUGGACGUAUUUCUCUACAAAGGUUUGAACUUUGAGAGUUUAAACCAGAGAGAAAGGUGUGAAAAUGUUCCUCAGUGUCUUCCUCAUGGUAGAACACCAGAGACUGAAACCAGAACCAAAAGCCUUCCAGCUGGGUUUGGGUCUGAACCACCCAGAGGUUCCAGAGUCCAGCUGGUUCUGCAGCUGGACUCUGGAAGAACAAAUGUCUCACAGGAGACUGAAACUGUUCCAUUCCAGUCUGGACGGUCGUAGAUCUGUCUAUAAGCUCUGCAGGAAUCUCUGGAUCCAGCAGACUCCAUUGGUGCUUUGGU